AGCACUUCAAAAUUCAAAAGUUUUUUGUGAUCUUUUCCCUUCUUAAGAAAUUACGAAUAGCCAGUUAUUAUAGCCUGUUUAGAUUUUUGACUUGUUUUUGACUUUGUAGUAUACUUUCGCUAAAUUAGGUGCAGUUCAUGGCUUUGUUUACUGGCACUUGAUUCUUGAAUCUUGGACUAUUGGGGAAGACGCUAGCAGUUUUCCGAGCUUGACUGAUCUUUCGGUGCGGCUUCCUCUCGUGGAUUUCCUUUUCAUUGUGGUACACCGUACGCUGAGCCAUGCGUCCUGCUGCUCCUUAUAAGGUACGCCUUGGACAUAUCCCGGAAGACCAACGCCUUACAGCAAGCGUAUCAGCUCCUCAGCCCAGUGCGCCUUUCCGACCGCGCUACAGUCCGAAUUACAACUGGACACGAGGAAGAGGUCCCCCUGCAGCGUCACAUUCUUCCUCCUCUGUAAACGGCAUAGCUACCACAGUUAACGGUGCUCCUGCCACAAACGGCGCACCUUUCCGUCGUCAGUUGAACCCAAACGGAAUAUUUCGCAACCCUCGUUUCGCGGUGCAAAAUCCUGCCGCUGCCGCCACAGAACCCAGACGUCCGGCCAGCCCGGAAAACGACCUUAUCGAUGAGUCCUGCUUUACGGGCGGACCGCCUGGAAUAUUCGACGGUUACUGCGGCGCGCGUUACUGGCGGAAUUUGCAGUCGACGAUUCCCAUACCGUACUUGGAUUCCGAUGAGGAAGAAGACCUAUGUCUAAGUCCAGAGAAGGGACACCAUCCAAGUCCAAGGCCCAGCCACCGGCUGUGCCUGCUCCGAAAGAAAUCGUGCUCCCUGGACAGACGGCGCCGGAAUUAUUCCAUGUUACACUGCGAACAGCAAGCACAGUGGUCCUCGUUCCUACGGCACUUUCGGAAUUGGAUAUGUCGCUUGGUGCUUAUCUGGGCAAUCCAAGAGACACCGGAGUUUUCACGCUGUUGGAAAGUCUUCGAAAAGAAAUGUUUGACGCUUAUAAGCAAGCGAAAGCAGCCAAGACUGUCCCAUCCUUGACGUCUAAUGAAAGGAAAGAGGGAAACCUUAUUGCCGUCCAGAUCCCCGGUACGAAUAUGUACCAUCGUGCCGUAAUCGAAUCCGCCGGCACGCGUUUCAAGUGUUACCUGGUGGACAUCGGAAUCUGUGUGUUUUUACCCUUGGAGUGUUUGUAUCCGCUCUUGCCUCAGUUUUGCCUGCUUCCUGGACUGGCGGUGACGGUACGCUUGGCGCACUUUAUAAAACCCAAACAGCAUUCCCAGGUCAAAGCGGUCCUCCGGGAUAUCCAGCAGCAGCACUCCACAGUGGAACUAACCAUCACGGGGAUAACACGGGGCAACAGACUCUGCCAUAAUCUACACUUGCGGUUUAUUCUGGAGGGAUGCAUGGUGAUUGAUAACGUGGACUUGAGCGUGAGGGUGGCCCAGUUGUGCGGGAUGAGUAGUGCCAGGGGAACCUCUGUCUCGCCGGCGUCGGAACGUGACAGGGCGGUGACUCCGGAAAAUCCUGAGGAGAACGCUUUGCCGGGAAUGGACGAGAACGAGUUUUACUGGUCACGGAUUGAGAAGUUCUCGUUUUAAAUUUGUUGUGACAUUUUAUUUUAUACUUUUUAAGUGUCGUUAACUACUUGUACAAUUACCCCCACAUUGCUUCUUGAUCCACCCUCGUACUGUACUUUCAAUACUUCACCUAUGCUAAUGUAAUUUGUUCUGGAGAAUUGUUGGUAGCUAAUCGAAAUGAAUGAUUGUUUUUAAGUGCUACCCGUUGUUGAA